CUGCGAAGGAUGUGACUCCCGACAGGAAAGCAGCGAUGAGAGCGGGUAUUGCUGCCCUGGUAGAAGCUGGAGAACUUAAAAGAGGCAGAGCAGGGAUGGCUUGGGAGGUGUCUGGACAUCAGCCAUCACAGGCCCCAGCCAAAAGUCUAAUCCUGCCAGCCAAACUACAGGAGAAGAGAGCGCGAGCCCAGAGGGCCGUAGUCCAGGGGAACACUGACUGUCACUUCGCAGAUCCUACCGUGUCCUCAAACCUCAAGUCUGUAACCCCUCAACAUAACCUCAUCAUGGAACGAUCCUUCUCUGCCCCACCCACCCCCUCCGGGUAA